ACGUGCACUCUAAACCCCUCGUGAGGGAAAAAAAUGGGUUCAUCCAUACGACCCAAGAGACCCCCGACGCGUCCCCACUCUCAGUCGUCCUUAAGGGGAGCAUGGCCCAUACCCUUCCCAUUCCCUGCCCGGUCAAACUCGGGACGGUGAAACUCGAGAGCCCCGAAGCUCGUCUGCACGACUACGUCAAGCAGGGCAACUACGUCAAAGUGAAGAAGCUGCUCAAGAAAGGAAUCUCCACCCAGUCGGUCAACUCCUUAGGACAAAGUCCGCUGUUCACAGCCGCCUUGCUCGGACUAGCGAAACUGGUGGACAUUCUCUUAGAUUACGGGUCAGACCCAAACCACCGUUGUUACGAUGGGAGCACCCCAGUCCAUGCCGCGGCCUUCUCGGGAAGCCAGUCCAUCCUUAGCAAACUGCUCGACGCAGGCGGGGAUCUGCGACUCCACGACAAGGAUGGGAGGACCCCACAAAGCUGGGCUGUGACGGCAGGGAAGGAAAGCAGCGCGCAGAUGCUCGAAUUUAUCCAGCGCUGCACAACGCACAUGCAAGUCAUCCUGCAGAAUCAGUCCUUGGAUUUACUGAGGAAAGUGGACUCCCCCCGAGCCCUGGUCCACAGCCCCUCCAAGUUUGGGGGGUUCACCCAAGGGGCUGCUGAUAGCCCUUUAGGGCGGUUCAUGAAACGUGGGAGCAGCAUGUCGCAAAGCAUCUUCAGUUUUGGUUUUGGGAAGUUUUUUCUCACCAGUAAGAGGCAGCUGGGCUACCUGGCCUCCCUCCCCAUCAUCGCGGACAGAGAAGUGGUCCAGGCCGAUGACGAGCCCACCGUCUCGUUCUCCACCGGGCCCUACAUGAACAUGACCAACCUGAUGUGGGGAGGCAGCCGCGUGACGGUGAAGGAGCUGAACAUGCAGCCUCACCAGCAUUCAAGCAAACUGCGGCUCUCCGACCUCCUCUUGGCUGAGCAGGAGUACAGCAGCCAGCUCCACCACCCUCACUUGCUGCUGCUGAUGGCGGUCUGUCUGUCCAGCGACUUGGAGAAGACCCGGCUGGUGUUCGAGAGGGUGAAUUUUGGAUCUCUCUACAGCAUCCUUCACGAGAGGCGCUCCGAGUUCCCGGUGUUGCACAUGGAAACGAUUGUGCACCUGCUGAUCCAGGUGAGCGACGCCCUCCGAUACCUCCACCUGCGCGGGUUCAUCCACCGGACCCUCAGCUCCUACGCCGUGGUGAUUGUGCUCACGGGGGAAGCGAAGCUGACCAACCUGGAGCACAUGAUUGAAAGCAAAGACGGAGGGGAGCACAGCGACCUGACCCGGGUGCCGAUCCCUCCCCAGCUCUACAAGUGGUGCGCCCCGGAGGUGAUCCUUGACCGGACGGCGACUUUCAAGUCGGACGUCUACAGCUUUUGCGCCGUCAUGCAGGAAGCGUUCACAGACACCGUUCCUUGGGAGGGAUUCGACGGUCUGUCCAUCAAAGAUCGCAUCCUCUCAGGCCAGUGGCUGGAAGCUGACGCCAGGCUGCCCAAGCCUUAUUACGACAUUGUGAAGACGGGCCUGGAGUCCAGACCCAAACAACGCUCAAUGAACUUGCAAGACAUACGUUACGUUCUAAGGAACGACUUGAAGGAUUUACUUGAAUCUCGCAAGCACCGUCCCGGAGAACAACCGGCGUUUCCCAAGCCUGAAAUUCACCCCAAUAUCAAUAUCUGUUUGCCUUCCGCCUCGGCUGCCGAGGUGAAGAAGCCAAGAUUGCAAGACGAGAAGGCUCACGUAGCCAGGAGUUUCACCGUGACCAGAUGCGCCGUUUCCUCACCGGAGAUCAAACCUGUCGCGGUCCGGGUCUCCGAGCCGGUUCUGCGUACGGCGCAGUCCAGCCCCUUGUUAGAGGAAUGUUUGAACGGCGAAAUCCAGAUGUCCGAGCCGGUUCUCCGCACGGCGCAGUCCAGACCCCUGUUGGAGGGACGUUUCAACGAUGCGGAAAACGCCAGCAGCGCCAACCUCAGCUUGUCCAGCGUGCAGAUCAACGAGAUAUACACUUGCUAUCCAGAGCUGGGCGAAGGCACGGAAGGGGAUGAGGAGGAGAGCGAGCAGGACCCCGAUUCCCGACGAGAAUCGCAGAGUUCUCCCGGCGAUAGGGCUGAAAUCUCCCCUCGACUCGCCGAGACCCAGGAGCGCGAGGCGAGCCUGUCCUCGGACACCGAAACGGACUACAGCCGGGAGGAUCUGAACGGCGUCUCGGUGAUGAGCGAGGUGCUCAGGAGCGCCCGGGGCAAAGGCGGGAACGUCCAGUCCCAGUUCGAGUACAGAUUCGGCAAAUGCGUUCUCGAUCUGAAGAUUUGUCAAACUUUGCUCCAGCAAGCGACGGACUCCCUCUGCCGCACCGAAACCAAGCUGGGCAUGCUGGAGACCUGGGACAAGCCUCGCCAGCUCUUUUGGGGGACCCAGACGAGGGAGCAGCCCCCCGUCGGGAUUCUCGCCCGGGGCUGCCACGAGAAGCUGGAGAGCGUCUUGAGAAAUAUUAAGGUGCCCUUAAAUGGCGACCGAGCGCUGCAGUGGAAGACGGUCGCUCCUCCAAAGGAGGGUUACGUGCUACCGCCGUUCCGGGUUCCGGAGGCAUACAGACCCCUGGUGAUCCAGUCUUACCAAGUGGCCGGAAACAGACCCAAGAGUGGCAGCCAAAGCCAGGAUACCAGCUAUUGGAGCGAUCUUGGACCAGAAACAGCCCAAAGUCCCGUCAGUCCAAAAGGAACGGAGACGAACUAUCAGCUCUUGCACCCAGGCGUGACUUUCAGGAAGAAGAAGAGCCCCCAACUCCGUCGAGGCAGCUCCAUGUUGGACGGGAUCAAAGCAGCAGAUGGGUCCUUCAAAAAAACAGCUUCCGAAAUCCACGAAGCAAAUCUGAGAAGCGAGGAGAGGAGAAUGGCCCAGUCUGAAUGGACAACUGAAGUGAAGCACAUGGCAAUGCAGGUGGCCUCGGGACAACUUCAUAUACCGACCCAGCACCCUGCCAGCAGAUGGAUGUUGCAGAGUGAGGCGCAGGACCUUAUGACCGCUUUCCCGAGCCCCAUCAUCUGCGAGCGGGUCCAGUUCUGCCAGGAGAACGGUGAGGCGGGAAAGGGGCAGCGCAGCAAGGCCAUCGGCGACCACAAGGUCCUUUGUGGCCGCGAAAAACGGAAAAAUCUGGUUCCAAGCCUGGAGAGGGAAGGAAAAAGCAGCCCGCUUCCAGCCUGCGAGAGUGGCGCAGCGCCGCGCAAGCCCGUGUGCCUGUCUCUCCCUUCGGAGGACUCUUGCAGGGAGCAGCUGGAGGAGGUUCCAAACUCACCGCCUUCCUCCCUCAACGUGUCCGAGGAGUUUUUAACUCCGGAGCCCGACUAUUUUUUCGGCGGUUCUGCUCCUCGUGAGCCUUCGGAAUUGGAAUACUCAACGGCUGAGGAAGAGGACGAAGAAGAUAUUCGAGAAAGAACGGAGGAAAUUUCUGGACAGAAGGAAAAACUGAAAAAAUCUCAAGGAAUCUGUGAUCACAAAGAACAUCCCAUCAAUCCAGGGCAGAGAAGAGAGUGUUCCUAUGGGACAGGUACCAAAUAUAUCCAUGACAACCUGCCAAGGAGAGAUGUAUUUACUUCUGUAACCAGCCCUGGGGCAGCACUAGCCGGAAGUCUCGGUGAGCCUGCGAGAGAAUUCGGAGCCGAAGACACGUAUCUUGGAGAUAUUGAAGAUUUAUCUAGCAUCACCUGCAAGGAUUCGUCGAAGGCGUCAGCUUUGAAAACUCCCAGAAGUUCUAAUUCCCCAAUUAAGACCAGCACUCCACUGAGCCCCGUGGAUCCACCACCGAAGUUUUCCUCCACCAUCACAAAAUACAAGGAUUAUUGUGUGAUGACCAUAGAUACGUCCUGUUGGGCUACGCAUGACGUCUCCUUGUUAGGAGUCACUACGUUUCCUGCUCCCUGUGCGAAAGGGGCGAGGACAGAAGAGGCACCUUCUGGCCCACAUCCAUCAGCUGGGCUUUUACAACCUGACGGUGAUCUUUGGCUGCCCAUCUCGACAAAUCGGGCGGAAUCGGGGAAGGAGAUUCCUUCUGCUCAGCAACAUCCACCCAAGAAAGAUCUUGAUCCACUGGAUUCCCAAAAACCAGGGAAGCCGGAAGAAAAGGAAAGGACCAACGGGAGCCAAACGGAGGACAGCCUGUGGUUCAGGGACAGCGUCUGUCAGGGAGAAGAUACAGAAAGAGCUAACUCAAGCCUGGACAGAGCGUUGGAGGAGCUUCUCUGUCCGACUGCCGAUAGCCACGACAUAAAUAAGAACGUGCCAGAUGCCAUCCAGAGGGGGCAGCCGAACUGUGCCCAUCACGGGAACAUUGAGAUGAAAGGGGGAGCUGAAGAAAGUUUCAGUGAAUCCGAAGGAUCCAUCGAAAACAUCGAAGGACUUUCUUGAGACCCAAAAGAUAAACUGACACUCGGCUGGCUAAA